UGAACAGUAGACAGGUAUUUAGUUAGUAUUCAGAAUCGGUAUGAACACCUGGCACACGACGCGUUGUCUUGCCAUUUCUAUAGGCCCGGUCCGAUCUAUUAGAUCGGCCUCAGCCUUGGCACAAGCUCAGGCCAAAGGCGAUGUAACGGAGAAUGAAAAAGCGUUUAGCGAUAUUCCUCGCCCUGGAAAGUGGAAGUUUAUGCGCGCUUUCAUGCCUGGCGGAGAAUUCUAUGAUGCCUCGAUAACCGAAUAUGCAUCCACAAUGCGAAAGCGCUAUGGAGAUGUCUAUAUUAUGCCGGGAAUGUUUGGCCGCCAGGACUGGGUCACAACCUUCAAUACCAAGGACAUAGAAAUGGUGUUUCGCAAUGAGGGAAUUUGGCCACGACGCGAUGGUCUUGAUUCGAUUGUUUAUUUCCGCAGACAUGUCAGACCCGAUGUUUAUGGAGAAGUGGAGGGCUUGGUUGCAUCACAAGACGAAAAUUGGGGCAAGUUACGUUCGGCGGUUAAUCCUAUUUUUAUGCAACCUCGAGGUCUAAGGAUGUAUUACGAGCCAUUGUCAAAUAUCAACAAUGAGUUUAUUGAGCGUAUCAAAGAAAUACGAGAUCCCAAGACAAUGGAAGUACCUGAUGAUUUUUAUGGCGAAAUUAACCGACUGGCCUUUGAGUCCUUGGCCUUGGUGGGCUUUGAUCGACAAAUGGGGUUGAUCCGGAAGAACCGCGAAAAUCCCGAUGCCCUCACACUCUUCAAAACGACGAGGGAAAUCUUUCAGUUGGCCUUCAGCUUGGACUUCCAGCCAUCGAUGUGGAAAUUGGUUUCCACGCCCGCCUACAGGAGAAUGAAGAAAGCCCUCAACGACAGUCUGGACGUGGCCCUUCGCUUACUGAAGGAGACUCAGGAUAAUCUCGAGAAGCGACGCCUGGCUGGCGAGAAGAUCAAUAACAAUAGCAUGCUGGAAAGAUUGAUGGUGAUUGAUCCGAAAAUUGCUGUGAUCAUGGGACUGGACAUCCUCUUUGCUGGCGUGGAUGCCACUUCCACUCUGAUCUCUGCAGUGUUUCUAACCCUGUCCAAACACCCGGAAAAACAGGCAAAGUUGCGGGAGGAGCUGCUGCAGAUUAUGCCCACCAAAGACACUGAGUUAAACGAGGAGAACAUGAAGGAUAUGCCGUAUCUGAGAGCUGUCAUCAAGGAAACCCUCCGUUACUACCCGAAUGGUCUGGGCACUCUAAGAACCUGCCAAUCAGACGUUGUACUCUCCGGCUAUAGAGUGCCCAAAGGCACUACCGUCUUGAUGGGAGCCAAUGUCCUCAUGAAGGACAGAGCUUUUUAUACACGCCCCGAAGAGUUCCUGCCAGAACGCUGGCUUCGCGAUCCCGAAACUGGCAAGAAGAUGCAGGUGAGCCCCUUCACCUUCCUGCCUUUCGGUUUCGGACCUCGGAUGUGCAUCGGCAAGAGAUUGGUGGACCUGGAAGUGGAGACGACUGUGGCCAAGAUUGUCCGCAAUUUCCACUUGGAGUUCAACCGGGAUGCCAGUCGUCCCUUCAAGACUCUCUUCGUAAUGGAACCCGCCAUUCCUUUCCCCUUCAAAUUCACCGAUGUCGAGAAAUAGUAUUCAUUAGCAUUUUUGCAUAUUGUUGUUAAAUUAAUUCUUUGUUUUAAGAGAACACUGUACAUAUUGUGUAUAUUAAACCGACUGUUAUGAAGAUAGUAUCAGCCGUUGCAAUAGAUAAGAUAAUUGUACUUAACCUA